CAAAAAGAAGAUCCUACGAUGUUUAUUCAACCAUUAAUAAAUACAGAUAAUAUCAUUUUACAUGACAAUACUUCAAGAACCAAUAAAUACAAUUUUCCUCUAUCUUUAUUCAUUCUUAUUGAUAAUGAUGGUAAAUCACAGUUGGUAGUACAAGCAUUUUUAAGCGAUGAAACUCAAGAAAGCUAUAAAUGGGUCCUACAACAAACCUUGGAUGCAACUGGUUCUGAGCCACAGGUUAUAAUGAUAGACAUGGAUCCUGCAAUGGAUGCGGCAUGUCAAGUAAAAUAUAUGAAUUCUUAUCAUAUUCACUGUAUCUGGCAUAUGUCUCAAAAUUUGUCUAAACGGCUUAAAGCAAAACUUAGAAGCGAAAAUUUUAAAGAAUUUAUUUGUGAUUUUUGGAAAGUACAGAAUUCUUUAAACAUUGAAGUUUUUGAGUACCGAUUUCAAUCUUUACUAGAAAAGUAUCCAACAGGCAUGCAAUCUACCUCACGUGUUGAAUCAAUUAACGCUAUUAUUCAUAAAGCAGUUGCUUUUAGCUCUAGUAUGUCAGAUGUAGUUGAAGCUUUAGAGCUUCGUAUGCAAAGGGAAGAAUUAAAUAAAAAAAUUAAUAAACAAAUGUGUGAAUUGGUACUAUACAAAUGUGAAAAGUUGGAUAUUGAUCAUGCUCUUGAAGAUCAAUUAUAUUUGGAUGAAAAUGAACUAAUUAAUAAAAUAACAGAAAACAUUGAAGAUUUUUAUGAUUAUCAGCAACUGUGUUUAAAAGAACUUUUAAAAUCAGUCUCAAAAGAGAGAUGUGUUGAUUUAAUAUAUGAUGAGCUAUUUAUUAGCACAUCAUCUCUGCAAUAUCAAGGUUAUUUUAAGAAAGUAUUAAGCUACUCAAUGGAAGAUGAUGAUCAAAAUGCUUUGGAUGAACUUAUCUUAGACUACAUUGCUAAAAAAGAAGAAAUUCAAAAUAUUCAAACUCAACUAGUGUCUGUUGAAGAAAGUCAAGCUUAUGAUAAUAUUAAAGAUCCAGUAGUACGCAGGAGUAAAGGUAGAAGUCCAAAUAAAUGGUUGAAAGCUUUUAAUGAAGAAACAAAUAAGAUUAGUAGUAAUAAAAAACAACAGGAUACUGCUGAUAGUGAUGGCGAAACUAGACGUAGAUAUAGAUUAUAUCAUAAAUCAGGACAUUAUGCUUCUAAAUACCCUAAUAAGGAAAAUGCAAUGUCUUCUUCUUCUACAUCUACUGGUAUUAAUUUACCAGUCCUUACUAUAGAUGUUUUUGGUCUUGUUAUUGAUAGGCCUGUAGUUGCUUCAGCUAAUAUACUUGCUAUUGUUGCUGCUGGUAUUCUUGCGGUUGUUACUGCUAGUAUGCUUGUGGUUGUUACUGCUGGUAUGCUUGUGGUUAUUGCUGCUGGUAUGCUUGUGGUUGUUAUUGCUGGUAUGCUUGCGGUUGUUACUACUGGUAUGCUUGUGGUUGUUGUUGCUAGUGUGCUUGCAGUUGUUGCAGUUGUUGUUCUUAUGGUUGUUGCUGCUGUUGUUCUUGUGGUUGUUGCUA